AUGCCUGAGAACAGCUCCAUCGCCAAAGGGCUGGCAGUGCUCCCUAGUUGGUUCCAGGCCACAGUAGCGAGGUCCUUUGGGACUCCCAAGUCAACCUGGGCAGCUCCCACACUAUCUACAGUAGUCAUUGUCACCACACCUGUAGACAUGGUAGGGAACCUCCUUGUCAUCCUCUCUGUGCUUAGGAACCGCAAGCUGUGGAACACAGGUGAUAAUUUGUCUGUGGUGACUCUGGCCUUAGCUAACCUGGUGGUAGCCUUGUACCCUUAUCCACUGAUCCCUGUGGCCAUUGUCCAUGAUGGCUGGGCCCUUGGGGAGGCCCACUGCAAGGCCAGCCCCUUUGUGAUGGGCCUGAGUAUCAUUGGCUCUGUCUUCAAUAUCACAGCCAUCGCCAUCAACCGCUACUGGUAUACCUGUCACAGUGCAAGCUACCACCAGGUCUGCAGUUACUGGCAUGCCCCCCUCUACACCAGCCUCGUCUGGCUCCUCACUCUGGUGGCCUUGGUGACCAAUUUCUUUGUGGGGUCUCUAGAGCAUGGCCCACGCAUCUACUCCUACCCCUUCAUCCAGACAGUCAGUACCCAGUACACUGCAGCUGUGGUUGCCAUCUACUUCCUCCUUCCAAUCACUGUGAUGUCUUUCUCCUACCUGCGAAUCUGCGUCCUGGAGCUCCAGGCCCGAAGGAAGGCCAAGGCUGAGAUCAAACUGCAUCUGAGGCCUGGUGACUUGCGCAGUUUCCUAACCAUGUUCGCAGUGUUUGUGGGUUUUGCCAUAUGCUGGGCCUCCCUCAACUGCAUCGGCCUUGCAGUGGCCAUCAAGCCAGAGUCAGUGGCUCUCCAGGUCCCAGAACGGCUUCUCAACUACUUCCUGGCUUACUUCAACAGCUGCCUUAAUGCCGUUGCCUACAGGCUCCUGAACCAGAACUUCGGCAGGGAGUACAAGAAGAUCCUCUCGGUCCUCUGGAACACUGGGCGUUGCUUCCCCAACGCCCCAAACUGCUUUGCUAAGGAGCUGCAGGGCUCCACACCACCUGCUGCCAGGGCCUCCACGCCCAUCAGGGGGAUGCUCUCUAGCCUGCAUCAGCAUGUGGACCUAGCAGCAAGCCUGUAA